AUGUCGAUCUUGCCGAAAGACGAAGAAACGAACAGGCUGCAGUUUCUUCGAGAAUUCCCUUGGUAUGCCAACGAGAGCUGUGACCAGGUCAGAAAUUUAUUGCCCGUUGUCGAUUGCCCGGGUAGCGUAUGCAUCAAAGCUGUGAUAACGGAGCCGCCAGCGAAACGGGACGUUUGCGUGCAAGGCGGCGCUGUUGUUCGAGAUUGUUGGAGUCGAGUGAUUGGAGAAGACGGCCCCUUUGCGUUGGAUCCGAGAGCACUACGAGAUGUGGUGAAGGUUCCUUUUCAAUCCAUAUUCGUGGAAUGUCCUCUUGAUUCGAUGGUGCAAGGAAAUUUUCAUAGUUCUACUGAUGUUAUAAUCAGACAGCCAAAAGACGAAGAAACGAACAGGCUGCAGUUUCUUCGAGAGUUCCCUUGGUAUGCCAACGAGAGCUGUGACCAGGUACGUGUCAAGCUUAGCUGUCAACUUUACAACGCACACGAUAAACUUUCAUGUGUCGGAAAUCAGAAAUUUAUUGUCCGUUGUCGUUUGCCCGGAUACGUCUGCAUCAAAGCUGUGAUAACGGAGCCGCCAGCGAAACGGGAUGUUUGCGGUAUGGCUUAUAAUAAUUCGGCUUUCUGUAAAAUCGUACGCCGACUCAUUUUGUUGUAA